AGUCGAUCGAGAAGCGAACAAGAGCUAAGAGAUAAUGAUGUGCGGCAAGGGAUUCGGGAUGAUCUUGGUCCUGAUUUGGGCCACGGCCCUUUCCAGCGACCUCUCCCUGGUGAGCGGUCAAACGGUGGCGCCGCUGACGAGCUCCACGAGUGCUCCACCCAAAAUGGAGGUCAAGCCCACGAAGCCCAUGAUAGUGAAUGCUCCGCCAAAGAAAGUGCCGCUCCCGGAAGCUCCGAAGAGCAAUGGCAGCAAGCCGCUGCAGGUCACCGGUUUCAUCACCAAGUCCGGAAACAUCUACGAGAUUGAGGACAAACGGGGCUCCAUUGGCUCCAUCGAGGGUCGCCAGGCGGAUCAGGACCAAAUUGUCUGCAACUACGGCAACGUGGUGAUCUACAGCGAUGUGCCCUGUGACCAGGUCAAGAAUGUGCGCGUGGGCGAGGUCAAGCCCUUGAAGAAGGAUCGCGUCGAGCUCACCACUGAGAAAAACCAUGCCGAUGGCGAAGGCGAACAGCAAUCGCAGGACAUGCAACAGGAGCAGCAGCAGCAGCAGGACGCAGCUGAUAGUCAGGAUCAGGAGCAGGAGCAGGACCAGGACCAGCAGUCCGUGCAGCCAAACCAUCGCAGGGGUCAGCAGAACAAUCGCCGACGUCGCCGUCGUCCGCAGCAGCAGCAGCAGCAGCAAAGGCUGCAGCAGCAACGCCGUCGGCGACAGCAGCAACAGAAGUUGCAGCAGCGACGCCGCAACGGCAACGGCAACAACAGCAUGCGUCGUCGUCGAAACCGCAACAACAACAACAACCUGAACCGCCAGCAGCAGAGACGUCGUCGCCCUGGCAACAACUACAACAGGCGACGCCUCAACAACAACAACAACAAGCAGCGACAGCAGCAACACCGCCGUCAGCAGCAGCAACAACAACGCCGUCGCCGACCGAACAGAAAUAUCAAUCGACAGCAGCAGCAGCAGCGUCGUCGCCUUCACGACGGCAACAUCUGAAUGGGUUAAGAAAUGGGGCUAGGAAAUGGGUUAAGCUACCCACCGCACACGGCCCACAAUCUACGACCUACGACCUCUGAACACACAAACUCCCCGAAUAAAGCAACAACAGCAACAACAAGAAACGAAAGCAACAUACAAACGAAA